CUGGAAGGAACUUCUGCGACUUGGCCUUGCACCUCUACCAUCCAUCCUCUCAAGCACAAGAUGACACUUGAAUCUCUCGAAUGGGUCAAGAGCCUCAAUGUUAUGUCCGACAAGAAACUUGCCAAAUUUGCCAAAUACGAGAUUAUGACUCUCGUCGCCUGGGCAUACAGACGCGCAAGUCCUGAGCACUUCAGACUCUGCUCAGAUUUCAUGCACCUCUUCUGGAUUAUUGACGAUCGUACGGAUGAACAGUCGUCGAUCGAGGUCGAGCAUGAAGUAGCAAAUAUCAAGCGCAUUCUAGCGGACCCAAGUCUUAUCUCGCCUGAUCAAGGUGUGCUGGAGGGUGUCUGCCAACCAUGGUUGAAAAGCGUCGUGGAGCAUCUCAAACCCCCUCCAGCUACGAAGGCUCGGUUUUUGCGAAACUUCAUUUCCUAUCUCGAUUCACUCCCCGAAGAAGCCCGCGAUCGCGAGACAGGUCGUCUCCGUGAUCGUGGAGAGCAUUUUGACCUUCGUCGUCGUACUGGAGGCCUUUUACCCUCCUUCGACUUCAUUUAUAUCCCCUUCAACCUCUCGGAUGAAGUCGCGGAGCACGAAGUUGUGAAGAGAAUGAGUAUUGUCACAGGGGAUCUGGUUAUCAUUGCCAACGACAUCUACAGCUACAAUGUUGAACAAGCGGGAGGCCAGAAGUGCGUUGCUCAUAACAUCGUCGACGUAGUGAUGCGUGAACGUCAAAAAGGAGUACAAGAUGCUAUGAACGUUGUGGGAGCUAGUUAUCGCGAGCUUUUCCUCUCACUUCUGGAUGACUUCAACAACCUUCCCGUAUUUGACAGACCAGAGCAGAACAAAGUGUUACAUGAAUACGCCCUCGGGUUGAUGGAUUGGGUGGAGGCUAAUGUCGAGUUUUCGCUUGACAGUCAGAGGUAUUUUGGCGCUAAG